CGUGCCCCCCUCCCUCCACCACCGGCCUUCCAACACCUUGUUCAGUUGGUUUUAUCUUGAGUCGGCCACCUCCUGCUGAGCUGCACAGCAGAGGUGGUGACUCUGGACAGACAUCCACCUCCGCAGUAAUCGGCCUGCCUGGGUAUAUAAGAGCCUGUGGUCCGAGAAGUCCCAGGUGCUUUAUGCAGCAGCAGAAACAUCCUAAGCAAUGGCAUCCAUCCGGAAGAAACUGGUGAUCGUGGGCGAUGGAGCUUGUGGAAAGACAUGCUUGCUCAUCGUCUUCAGCAAAGAUCAGUUUCCUGAGGUUUAUGUGCCCACAGUGUUUGAGAACUACGUGGCUGAUAUAGAAGUGGAUGGAAAACAGGUGGAGUUGGCGCUGUGGGACACAGCUGGACAAGAAGACUAUGAUCGCCUGAGGCCACUCUCCUAUCCGGACACCGAUGUUCUCCUGAUGUGUUUCUCCAUUGGCAACCCUGAUAGCUUUGGGAACAUUCCACAGAAAUGGACUCCAGAAAUCAAGCAUUUCUGUCCCAACGUGCCCAUCAUCCUGGUUGGGAGUAAGAAGGAUCUUCGGAACGACAGGUACACGAGACAGGAAUUGGCCAAGAGGAAGCAGGAGCCGGUAAGACAUGAAGAAGGUCGACAUUUGGCCAACAUCAUUGGCGCUUUCGGGUAUGUGGAGUGUUCUGCAAAGACCAAAGAUGGAGUGAGGAUGGUCUUUGAAAUGGCCACAAGGGCUGCUCUGCAAACAAACCGAGGGAAGAGAAAGACUGGGUGCUAUGUCUUGUGAAACCUAGUGCAAGCACAGCCCUGGUGCAAUUAAUUUUCAAGUGCUAUUUACUAAUAUUAUUGUGUAGUUGCUAGCCUUUUAAUUUAUUCGUAAGUCCGAGAUUACAAAUCAGAAGUCAUCUUGCUACCAGUGUUUAUAAGGGAAAGGUAAUUUCCUAAUGAUGUCCAAUGGGUCUGAGAUGCCAGGAUCUUAACUCUAACAGCCCAUUCUGCAUUCCACCUGAAACACCAGGCACUAGUUGAAGAAUUUGUUAUUUCUAGAAAGAGAAACGGUAACUUUGCUAUUAGACUGUAACUGCUUUCUGACACACCAACCUAUCAUCUAUCAACUGUGAAGAAUUCUAAGUCACCAAUUCAGACUUUACUCCAUAAAGUGAAUUGAUUGUCAUCUUUAUUUUUGUUGAAACUUUGUCUAUGCAGCUGUGAUAUAGUAAUGGGUCUAUGGUUUCAUGUUAGUUACCUAGUUACUGUGAAAUUAGUGCUACUUAAUGUAGGUUACCAGGAAUAAGACCAUAUACCCCAGACCAGAUGUAGCAUUUUGGAUAUAAUUGGAUUCCCUAUACUGAUAUUUGUCAUUCCCACAGCAGGUGAUUGAAAGAAAUAAUUUGGAAAUAAAGUCAAAAGGAAAAUUAA